UCCACUGUGAUUGGCCUGCCCCGCUAAGCGAGAGGGUGAUCUAAAGAGCGUUUACGCCGCCCAACGUCACCCUGACCGCGUCUUUAUAAAUAUCCAUCGUUCCCACAGGCCAGGCACUCAGAUACCAGACCCUUAAACCGAUCUUACUCAUCGCCCAUUUAUCACGACCUUCGCGUCCGCUUGAAUCUACAACCCACCCAACUUUCUAAAACCACCUCGCAAAAAUGACUGGAGGCAAAUCUGGCGGCAAGGCUAGCGGUAGCAAGAACUCGCAAUCCCGCUCGUCCAAGGCCGGUCUCGCGUUCCCCGUUGGUCGUGUGCACCGUCUUCUGCGCAAGGGCAACUACGCCCAGCGUGUUGGUGCUGGUGCUCCCGUCUACUUGGCAGCUGUCCUUGAGUACCUCGCUGCCGAGAUCCUCGAAUUGGCGGGUAACGCUGCCCGCGACAACAAGAAGACCCGUAUCAUCCCUCGUCACCUCCAGCUCGCCAUCCGCAACGAUGAGGAGUUGAACAAGCUGUUGGGCCAUGUCACCAUCGCACAGGGUGGUGUCUUGCCGAACAUCCACCAGAACCUGCUCCCCAAGAAGACUCCCAAGAGUGGCAAGGGCGCCGGUAGCCAGGAGCUGUGAGCGGUUUUUUGUUUGGGUUUAUCUUUCGGCGUGGUUUGGUUCUCUUAUUGAUGUGAUAACGGGGUUCUGGACUGGGCACCUUUACGGCUCUGCGUUUAUGCUUUAAUUUUCCUUUUACCUUUUCAAUUUUUUUUUUUUUAUGGUUGUACAUUAUGUCCACGGACAUGGAUUGAUACCGGCAGUUUUCAAUUGAAGCCAAUAUGCACACAA